AUGGAUCUGGACAAUUCCAAUGGAGAUUGGGAAUCUAAACAAAUUGAAGAUAGUGGAAAUCAACAACAAUCAGCUUUCCGGUUCUUUGCCACGGAGGUGUUCAAUAUUUCGUCAUUGGAGACUAUUGAUUUUGCUGGUAAUAGCCAAUCUGGUAGUCUUCCAGUCAGCAUAUGUUCCCGUCUUCAAAGACUCAAAUGGCUUGAUCUUUUCUAUAACAAAUUAAGUGGUAUGAUACCAGCAUCCUUAUCCAAAUGUUCAAAGCUUCGUGUACUGGGGUUGUCAUACAACAACUUUAGUGGAGUGAUGCCAGAAGAAGUUGGGAAUUUGACGGCACUCCAGGAACUAUAUCUUGGUAGCAUUCCAGAAGAGUUUGGCAACCUAAAGUAUCUAGAAGUACUUAAUAUGGACUUCAAUAGCCUAACUGGAUCCAUACCCGCUCAAAUUUUCAACAUCUCAACACUGCAAAUAUUGGGCCUUGAGGGCAAUAAGCUUUCUGGAAGACUUCCGCCCUCCAUGGGUUAUGGAUUAAUCAACCUCGAAGAACUUUGUCUCAAUAUGAAUGAGUGUGAUGGAGUAAUACCACCCUCAAUCUCAAAUGCAUCUAAAUUAACUGUGUUGGUCUUGAAUUCAAACAGAUUUAGUGGUCCAGUUCCAAACUCUAUUGGGGACCUAAGACUUCUAAGACGGCUGAUUCUCUAUGAAAAUCAUUUGGCAACUGAACCUUCAUCAAGAGAAUUGAGUUUUAUCAAUUACUUGACAAAUUCGUGGACCCCUUCCAUCGGAGUGAGACACUUGCAAAAACUCCAAGGUUUAAGUUUGACAUCCAAUCAACUGAGUGGUUCAAUUCCAAAUAGUCUUUGCGAGUUAAAGAGCUUAUACAAAUUGUAUCUGAAAGCAAAUCAGCUUCGUGGGUCAAUAACAUCAUGCUUAAGCAAUGUUAGUUCGCUGAGAGAAAUUUUCUUUGAUGGAAACUUCUUAAACUCAAGCAUUCCUGCUGGCUUAUGGAACCUCACCGAUCUCUUGUAUUUGGAUUUGUCCUCUAAUUUACUGAGUGGCUCACUACCUCAAGAAGUUCAAAAUUUGAAGGCAAUAACACUAUUGGGUCCAAGAAAUCAUCUUAGUGGAAGUAUUCCAAGUUCCAUUGGAGGUUUGCAAAGUCUAGCCAACCUUUCUUUAGCACAAAAUCAGUUUGAGGGACCUAUUCCAGACUCACACGGUCAUAUUAUAAGCUUGGAGGUUUUGGACCUAUCCAAUAACAAUCUAUCAGGUCCCAUCCCAAAGUCCUUGGAGGUACUCUCAUAUCUCACUCAUCUUAAUCUUUCUUUCAACCACUUAGGAGGAGAAAUUCCCUCUGGUGGUCCUUUUGAGAACUUCACACACGAAUCAUUCAUGUGUAAUGGUGAAUUGUGUGGAGCCCAAAGAUUUCAUGUUCCUCCAUGUUGGAGUCACAAAAAAGUAUUUCACAUGUUAGGCAUUAUAUUGAGUAUAACAGCAGCAGUAAUUGCUGUUGCAAAGGAAGAAUGA